GUUGCUAGGCAACGUCCGGACUUUGGAGAAACGCGGUUGACAGAAACGUUUUAACUGGUGAUGAUGAUGAUGAUGAUGAUGAUGAAAAUCUGGAAAUAAGUCUAAACGGAAAUGCAGCAACUCAAGCGUCAAGUUAAAGUUCGUCGUGACAGCGGGAUUCCUCCCGAAGCAGAAACACCCGGAAGCUCAGCGACCCGGAAGCGACAGAGAUAUAGGAGACUUCUGACUGGCAAAUGCUGCGACUCAUUGCCAGAAAGGAUAGAGGAAGAAGAAAUAAAUGAGUCCAAAGUCAAACCAGUGAGCCCUGUUAGUGCUUCUGUGCCGUUUACUAAAACCAGACAAAGCCGACCUGCUUCAUGUGUCACAUCGGUUGUUAAAGCAUCAGGAAAAGUUUCCCCAACAGUCCAACUCAUCCCAGAGGUCUCACCAUGUGCUGGGACUCCAGAGACUGGGACGUCUUCCGUCACGGAAGCAGAGUCAACGUCAUACUCAGGGGAGGAGGAGGAGGAUGAGGAUGAAGAUGACUAUGAGGAUGAAGAUGACUAUGAUGAUGAAGAUGACUAUGAUGAUGAAGAUGACUAUGAUGAUGCUGAUGCCUCAGCAACCAUUAGCAACUCUUCCUCCCCAGAGAUCUUCAGAAAGGAAAUGAGUGUGGGCAUGAUGACUUUUCCCAGGAAGGACGAGUUGCUGGGUUUUCAUCUUCAGGUGAAAAACUCCACCUUGUUGGAAGACAGCCACGCGGAGAAUAUUCACUCCCAUCUUCCACCAAACCUUUCGACCAUCAUCGAUGCUUCUUUGAGUUCAGCUGAGGAAAAGUGUGAGAUCAGCAACCACAAAACUCCUGAAGAUGAAGGAAAAAUGAACAUAAGGGAAAAUAACUCGGAACAAGUCAUUAAGAAGGAAACCUCUCCAAAACUCUCAGAGAGGAAGCCAAUUACCUUUAGGAAGAAAGUUAGGUUCAAAAGCCUUGAUGCAACUGAGAUUCAAAAUGAGAAAGAAAUCAAAUCCCCUGCAACAAGUGCAAAAAACACCAGCAGUCCCUCAAGACAUCUGCAGAAAAUAAAACCUCAUCCCAUGACAUCCAGAAGGAGCGUGACCAGCUUUCAAGAUCCACCAUUACUACUGGCUGUAAAAAAGCCUGGAAGAACAUGUUCAGAAAAAACAGCGUUCUUUCAGUUUGUGAAUGAUAACGAAAGAAGAGCCUUUUUUCAAAAAAUGAAAGAAAGAUCCAUCAAACGUAGAAAUGCUGUUUUCUUUCCUUUCAAAUCAGGUAUGCAAACCAAGAGUUAAACUACAAUUCAGUCUGAGAUGCUUCAAUGGAAAUGAGGAGUGAAGGUUAAGGAGUUGAAUAGAUACGCGCUUCAGUGUGUAAUAUUUAAAGCAAACAGGUAGCAGUUUCAAACUUAUCUUUGUACUUUUAAGAAGCUAAGAAAGAAUUUGACUUUCUUUAAAUAUUAUUCACUGUAUCUCACUUUAUUUUGAUUUAACACUAUCUGUACUAAUAUGUUGUUGUUUUUCUGGCAAUAAUUGUAAAAGGUGUCUCAAACGCUAUAAUUUCAUGUUGUCUGCUGAUUUGAAUGCUUUGCUGAUGAUACUCGUAACUUUUCAUUUUUGCAAAAAUACAUUUAAAAUGUACUUAUCAAAAAUGGCCACUAGAUGGCAGAUAUGUAUUCAUAACCCGUGAUAAAUAUACAUGUAAGAAUAACUUUCUUGUGUUAAAAAGAAACAAAAAUGUUUGCAUUUGUUGUGUUUCUGUUUCUCUUUAUUUAUAUGUAUACUUUUGAAGUUUUGU